UCUGCAGUGAUGGGUUGAUCAGCCCCGAGCCGGAAGUAGCCUGGUUACCGUCUGGAGCUAGUGAACUGUCAACACGGAUCCUGGACUAACCCAGACCCUCUCUCACGGACCCUGAGGAACAUGUUACAGAGGACGACACUCCUCAGACUCUCCCUGAACAGACCCUUCUAACUGUGGACUCCGUGGUGAGUUAAAACUGUGGUUACUUCAGGAAUCAAAAGAAGGGAUGCCGGUGGAAAGCGGGAGCAGUGCAGCGGCCCGUCAGGCCAAGCAGAAGAGGAAGUCCCACAGCCUGUCGAUCCGCAGGACCAACAGCACCGAGCAGGACCGCUCUGGCCUGCAGAGGGACACGCUGGAGGGACAGGAUUCCAAGCUUCCUCUGUCUCUGAGGAGCAAUCUGCUGGACCUGUUCAGCCAGAUCGAGAGGGAGUUUGAAAACCUCUACAUAGAAAACCUGGAACUACGCAGAGAGAUCGAGACGCUGAACGAUCGCCUGACUGGAGACGGACAGACUUUCGAAGGGGCCGAUUUAGCCAAAGGAGCGCUGAAAACAAAAGCGAGUCACAGCACCAGCCAGCUGUCACAAAAACUGAAGACGACCUACAAAGCCUCUACAAGCAAGAUUGUGUCCAGCUUCAAAGCGACCACGUCCAGAGCGGUGUGCCAGCUGGUCAGAGAGUAUGUGGGCCACAGGGACGGCAUCUGGGACCUCAGCGUCACCAGGACACAGCCUGUGGUGCUCGGCACUGCGUCUGCAGAUCACUCCGCGAUGCUGUGGAGCAUUGAAACCGGGAAGUGCCUUCUCAAAUACAUGGGCCAUCAAGGAUCAGUCAACUCCAUCAAGUUCCACCCCACUGAACAGAUGGCUCUGACAGCCUCUGGAGACCAGACAGCUCACAUCUGGAGGUACAUGGUGCAGCUGCCGACUCCUCAGCCUGUUGCUGAUAUCAAUCAGCAGACCCCCUGCGAAGACGACGUAGACUUCUCAGACAAAGACGAGGCCGACGGUGAGAUCGAGGGUCCAAACGACUGUCCCUCCAUCCGAGUGGCGACCACGACUCUGCGCAGCCACCAGGGAGUGGUGAUCGCCGCUGAUUGGCUGGUGGGAGGUAAACAGGUCGUGACGGCUUCGUGGGACCGAGCCGCCAACCUGUACGACGUGGAGACCUCAGAGCUGGUCCACUCACUCACAGGCCAUGACCAAGAGCUGACCCACUGCUGCACACACCCCACCCAGCGACUGGUGGUCACUUCCUCCAGAGACACCACCUUCAGACUGUGGGACUUCAGAGACCCGUCCAUCCACUCUGUCAACGUGUUCCAGGGACACACAGACACGGUGACGUCUGCUGUCUUCACGGUGGGAGACAACGUGGUGUCCGGGAGCGACGAUCGGACCGUCAAAGUGUGGGACCUGAAGAAUAUGAGGUCACCCAUUGCAACCAUCCGCACUGACUCUGCUGUCAACAGGAUCAGCGUGUCUGUGAACCAGAAAAUCAUCGCUCUUCCUCACGACAAUCGGCAGGUCCGGCUGUUCGACAUGUCCGGGGUGCGACUGGCUCGCCUCCCGCGAAGCAACAGACAGGGUCACCGGCGGAUGGUGUGCUGCUCCGCCUGGUGUGAAGACAACACCUCCUGCAACCUUUUCACCUGCGGCUUCGACCGCCAAGCUAUCGGCUGGAACAUCAACAUCCCCGCCCUGCUGCAGGAGAAAUGACCUUCCCCACCUCCUCCUCCUCCUCCUCCUGGCACCUUACAGUGAAACUCCACCCAGAGUCUGUCUUAGGAGCAUCAAACACUCACAUCCAGCGGCCUUUAAAGGUGGCUUUAAAGACUUAAGUUUCAUGCUUCUUCUUCUUGUUCUGUUUUUUUAACCAGUGCUGUGAGACGAACAAAGUCCACAGGAGGUCCAGAUCAGACGCUUUAAGCUUCUUGAGGCCUACCUACCGCAUCUUUCUCACUCUGUCUCACCACCUAGAAUGCACACACGUUUGUUUUAACAUUUCCUUUACACCUUUAAAAAAAAAAGAAGAUGAAUGUGUUCACUCGGCUCAGAGUUGUUCCACAGGACGCUCUUUAUCUUUUAAGUUCAAACUUAUAAGCACAAUUACACGUGGCUGCUGCAGAGGAGCUUGAUAAGUGGGGUGCUGCAUCAUCAGCAGGGUAGUAAUUGGAUUCGGCGGUCUGAUGCUCUAAACAUUUUAGUUGUUUUUGAGAUUUAAUGUGUUGAAAUGUGAAUUUUUCUCGAUUGUUACGACUAAAAAUAACCCCAGAUUCUCUUUUACCUUUUCGACCAACGUGAACCGGGUUGUAUUUCCAGGCUGGUGCUCGCACUGGUUCGGAGCUGGUUGAACACGUUUGGUUUGUGUUUUUGAUCACGACAACCUCGCCCCUGACGUAAGCGGUUCGCGGUUCUAGACCAGCAAAGAGUUGGAUCCGCUCUGGGACCAGUUUUCCCGGCCGGGAGUCUGUUCACUCGCAGUCGAAACAUGAAAAACCAGUUCUCAAUUGAGCACCGGCUCCGAACCGGCCCUGAAACUGCCUCUGUCGAAAAGGGGUAUCUGAGAAACCUGUGUUAAAUAUUUAGUUCCUCUAACACCUCCUGAGGUCGUCUAACCCUGACCCUUUGGUCCUUAGAUCGUUUUAAGAUCAGAUUUUUUCCUCCUGAAUUUUAUUCUGAAAGUUUUUUGUUUUGCACAAAUCUCCAGCUGUGUUCCCCACACAUAGAUGGUACCUGGGCGGGGCGCCCGAGUUCAGGAUCGCAUCCGCGGUCAGUGAUUUAGAUGAACUCUUGACGCUCUCCUCCUCUCACUUCUCACUUCUAGGACACGCCCUGCAGGUGAUACGCGAGGGGAAAGGUAUUUGGGCGUCUCUUUAAACAGAGAAGAGAAACUGUAGGAGGCGGGGCGGGACACACUUGUACAACUCAUAUAUACUCUAACCUCAGAUAGAGGGAACAGAUAGCUGAUGUAAUGUCAUUAAGAAAGGGUAUUCCACAUGUUCAAUUGACUCCUCCCCUCCCCGCCCCGGGUACAUCGUCACGCAGUGGGGAAACCUUACAGCGCACGUGUUGGCUACACUUUCACUCGUCAUAGAAUCAGAGCUGGACCAGAAGUCUCUCUUUGAUGAGUCAUGCACUUUUUUUUUCUUAACACAAACAGCUGCUGUGUAACGGUCACAUGACAGCAGGAGGCACACUUCCACACCGAACACAAAGACCCGGAGAGGUUUCUACAUCCUCGUCUUUAGUAGAACGACAGAACUGAAACUCCUCUCUGCAGGUAGCGUUGCUGUGAAAGUUCGAGUGUCAGUUUAAUCCUUCUUUGUGCGUUUCUCAACACAGACGAGAAGAAUAAAAGACGGCUCACGUAUGAACCGCUCAUCGGUCAUCAGCUCUGAGAAAAAAACACGUUCCAACGAUAAGUGUUACAGAGUGAGUUCUCAUGUAAGAGCACUUAAAGCAGAUACAUAAAAUGGAUCUGCUUGUUCUGUAGCAAAGUUAUUCUACUCACCGGAAAGUAUCAUUUCACAGAAUCUGAUCUCAUCCAACAAGAACUUGCUGAAAUAUUCAGCAGCUGAUGCGAGCUUAGAAAGAUUUCCCCCGGCUGCCCAGCCCUGCACUCGCUCCUUUACUUGACAUGAUUGUAAAAAACAGCGCCGUUUCUUUCUGUUCUAACGCAGUGCCCUUUAGUCUGUAGUGUGUGAACACUGUUGUGGGGAUCCUGUCAGCGUCCCGUCUGUUACGGUACUUUAAAAACUAGCGACAUCUCAAAGGAGUGUCUUGAUGUGUUUGCUGUCGCCUGCUUUGCUUUGACACUGCCACUUAAACACUCAGCCAAAGCUGCGUUCUAGUGAAUGAAGAGGCUGUUAUGAUGUGUGUGUGUGUGUGUGUGUGUGUUGAUGAUUUCACUACCUAAAAGAACAAAUCCUGUGUGUGUGUCCGUGUGUCCGUGUGAGGAUAAAAAGCAGUGUCUAAAAAGUGUUUAACGUUGUAAAGCUGAACUAGUUUUUUUCCACUAGAGUACAGCUGUUGUACUUUGUUGUUCUACGCCUGUGUUUUCCACAAGCCUCACAAGUUGCAGCGGCGACUCUGAAAAAACAAGCACAGUUCCUUUUUAACUGAUUGUUGAAAGUCUAGCUUUAGAUCUGUGGAGCGUUUUGACGUUUUGUGACACAAGUUUUCAUCCAGCAGUUACAUUUUUAUCACAAACAUAAGAGAGUUAGGGCGACAUUGAGGAUUUAAAAAAAUGACAAAUAUAAUGUUUGAAAAUAUACAGAAAGAAUGUCGUAAUAUUCAAAGAUUGAGAUUUAAAUUUUACAAGGAUUGAGUCAUAAGAGAAAAAAAGUUGCACUUUAUGAGAAUCAAGUUGUGAUUCUGCAAAACGAGUCGUGAGUGACAAAAGUUUGAAUAUAACAAAAAAGGCACAAUUUUAAUUUUAAAACGUUUUUAGUUAACGUCAAAGUGACGUAACUUAACUUCAGUAAAGUUAAAAUUUACAAAAAUAAAGCUGAGUGAAAAAAAGUUGUACUUUAAUAAAACAGUCAUAAUUAGAUUUUUACAAAACAUAUUCAAUAAAUUAAUAUGAAGUAAUUUAAAUGAGGUUAGUUUUUGUUUUGAAUUUUACGUAAAAAAUAGUACUUAAUAAAAGUAACAAAGUAAAGUAGCAAUUUACAAAAACAGAACAAAGUCCUAAGUUAACAAAAUUUAAGUCUGAACUAGAUUAAAGUCUGGAAUGUACAAGAAUAAAGUCGUAUUUUAUCAGGCAAAAGUUGUAAUAUCACAAAAUUAAAGUCAUAAAGUAACGGAAAUAAAGUCGUAACUGAACUUAAGUAAAGUUAAAAUUUUACGAAAAAAAGUUACUAUUGAAAAAAAAGUUGUAAUUUAACAAGUCAUAAUUUUAUUUUAAUUAUUUUAAAUUAGCUUAGUUCAAAAUUUGUGAAAACAAAGUAAUAAGUGAAAAAAUUAGUUUACAAUAAAAGUAACAAAAAUUAAGUAAUUUACAAAAACUGAACAAAGUCUUAGAUUAGCUAGAAAUGACAAAAAAGGCAUUUGAAAAAAAGUCUAAAAUUAAAGUCAUAAAGUAAUAAAAAUAGAGACGUAACUAAUCUGAAGUAAAGUUACAAUUUUACAAAAAUAAAGAUGUGAGUGAAAAACGUUUACGUUAAAAAAUGUCAAAAAGUAACUUAAAUAAAGUUGCAAUUUUCAAAAAACAAAUAAAGUCGUAAAUUAACAAGAGUAAAGUCUCAAUUAGAUUAAAGUCUGGAAUGUACAAGAAUAAAGUCGUAUUUUACCAGACAGAAGUUGUAAUAUCAAAAAAUACAAUUAAAGUCAUAAAGUAAGAGAAAUGAAGUCGUAACUGAACUUAAGUAAAGUUAAAAUUUUACGAAAAAAAGUUGCUAUUGGAAAAAAAAAGUUGUAAUUUAACAAGUCAUAAUUUGAUUUUAAUUAUUUUCAAUGUAUCAAAUUAAAUAAAUUAACUUAGUUCAAAAUUUGUGAAAACAAAGUAAUAAGUGAAAAAAGUAGUUUACCAUUAAAGUAACAAAAAUUAAGUAGAAAUUUACAAAAACUGAAUAAAGUCGUUAAUCGGCAAGAAAUGGCAAAAAAGGCAUUUGGGAAAAAAAGUCUAAAAUUAAAGUCAUAAAGUAACAAAAGUAAAGACGUAACUUAUCUGAAGUAAAGUUACAAUUUUACAAAAAUAAAGAGGUGAGUGAAAAAUGUUUACGUUCAAAAUUGUCAAAAAGUAACUUAAAUAAAGUUGCAAUUUUCAAAAAACGAAUAAAGUUGUAAAUUAACGAGAGUAAAGUCUGGAAUGUACAAGAAUAAAGUCGUCAGUGAAAUAUGUCGUAUUUUACCAGAAGAGCGUUUUAAUAUAACAAAAAAGUCGUCAUUUGAAAAAACGUCGUAACUUAACUUAAGUAAAGUUAAAAUUUUACCAAAACGAAGUGCAGAGUGAAAACGCUACCUACCUUAAAAAAUGUCAAAAAGUAACGAGAGAAAGUAGCAAUAUUCAAAAACAGAAUAAAGUUGAAAUUAAUAAUUAAAUUAUUAAGUUGUAAGGCUAACCGAAGACUUAAAUUAUGACACUUUUCUCAUGAAUUUACAACUUAAUUCAUAGACAUGAUUCUCUUCUGACUCAGUCCUUAAAAUCUCAAUCCUUCUCUCACAUGAAGCCCAAACUCUCCGAUGUGUCUCCGAUCAGUUUUAACAUUUUAAGCUGUUUGUUCAUUUCUAACUGCAGAAAUCUUUAGACGACACCUUCUGUUGAAAUAUUUGGCUAGAAUAAAACAAAGUGAUGACAGUGCUUAUCAAAAGGUGAAUGUAAAGUGUUUCUCUCCUCUUUUUAAAACUUAACAUUUGUAUCAUAUAAAUUGUAAUAUAUAAAGAGAGUGUGUCAUGUGGGGGUUUGUUGUUCUACAGCUGAAGCAGUGUCUGUUAGUCUCUGUAAACUCCAUCUCCACCUGAUCCUUUGUUUUGUUUUAAACUUGUUAUUGACUUCAUAAUAUAUGAUUUUAGAUCUCUUAAAGGCUUCACACUCAGAGAACACUCACUGUUGUUAGUCAUACCAGGGGUGAUGAUUUAAUGUCUGUUGAUUAGUUGAAUUAUCGGGUACAAAAUAUUAAAUUCACCUAACGUUCCCAAAGCUAAUGUCUUGACAUGGUGAGGCAUCGCCAAAGUGAAACAGGUACUUUUUGAGGGGCGUGACAUUAAAAAAAUAAGGCGAUUGAUUGACGUGAUUUUGUCAGUGGGCGUGGCUAAAUGGUUCAGCAGCGCCUCCUAUUUCAUCUAAAAAAUUCAACCCCUGAUAGAUCACGGCCAAAUUCCACCAGAUCCACGUCCGAUCCGUCACAGAACCAGAUCAGAUAGGUCACUAUUCUAGUCAGUGUGUUAACUUCCACUGGAUCCGCUCCGUUGCCUUCCUGGCAUCUCUGAUACAGCAGGUCGGAGUCCUCCGGAUCAGAUACACAAGACUUCUAUUGCAGAUGGAGUGGGACAGGAAGUCAGGCACCAAAACAAGGGGAAAACCUCGGGUCACAUGACUCCAGCUGUCCGGCGGCCCUGCUCCGACGAGAGAGCACAGAGCCGGACCCCAGCGGAUCAGAGACGGAUCCGGUGGAAGGCCGAUGUCAGUAUUGAGCCCAGCCCUUUAAAAAUAAGUCUCUGACUCAUUUAGUGAAACCAACAGGAAGUCCGCCAUUCAGAUGUAAUUCCCAGGGGUCUAUCAAGAGUUACCUCCACCGGAAGGGGAACAAGUCUGUGUCGUGUACAAAACUCAAAAGGUGUGGCUGUGGCGGCUCGUCUCAUUUUAAUAUCUGGAAAACGGUGAUCUUUUUACUCCAACUUCUGGGGUCACUUUAGUAUUCACUCCACCUGUGGGGUUUAUACAGAUCACUUCAAACUUUCUGUCCCGCCCAAAGAGACAAAACACAACAUUUCAGAGUCAUUGUGACUGACAGGUAACACACUGAAGCCCCGGUGCUGCACACAGCCCAAGUUAAAUACUGUAUAUAUUUCACAUAUAGCUCUUAUUUAUAUUCUAUUAUCUGCCAAAAGUUCCUGAAGUGUACAAGGACUUAUUUCAUUUGAAUGCACUCCAGCUGUGAUGAAAUGGGAGCUAACCCGUGGACGUGUUUGUCACCCCUGGUUUAACUAAUGAGACAUUUUGUUUUCGUGAUUAUUUGAAAACUGUAUUUGUGUGAUAAUAUUUUGAACUCUAGUUUUCCCACUUCUGUUUUUUCUUCACUGAAGAAAGUUUAAAAAAAAGAAAAGGUCUCAAACUCCACCCGCACUGAGCCGCUCUGUUGUUCAUACUUCACCUGUUUUAACCCAAACGUUCCAUCACAGGUCACCUCGUCUGAACCGCACCGUCGUGAAGCCGUGUUGAAUGUGGCUCUUUGAAUUUAACAGUGUUGUUUUCGCUCAAAGUGUUUGAUGUAACGAACACCACAGCUCAGUGCUCAGAAAAGAGAAAGGAAACCUGUCGGGUCGACGUGACCGGAUUAGAGCUGUGUAAUACGGAAAACAAGCGUUUGCUUGUAAAAUCAAAAUAAACCAUUCCUGCUGUUUGAA